AUGGCGCCCAAAAGCGACGAGACGUGGAAGAGCCAUUGGAAAUGUUUUAUCGCCUGUGGCAUCAUUGUGCUCUCGCCCUUCCAAUAUGGCGUCGACUUUGGUCUCAUCGGGGGCCUGCAGGCCAUGCGUGGCUUUCUUGAGGUCUACGGCUACGAGGCUCCUGGCACAGCACUCGGAUGGAACAUCGACACAACCCGACAGCAGCUGAUCUCGUCUCUCAUGACGCUGGGCGCCUUCAUCAGCUCCGGCACCGCCGGCAUCACGGCGGCCUAUGUCAGCCGACGACAAUGCCUUUGGAUCGCGUGCUUCUUCUGCUGCAUUGCCAAUGUCAUGAUGAUGGCUACCGAGAGCAUUGGUGCCCUAUACGCCGGACGCUUCAUUAUCGGAUUGGCGAAUGGAUACUUCAUGACGUUUUCCCAGCUCUACAUCCAGGAGAGCAGUCCAGCACGGUACCGCGGCUGGUUCCUCACUGCUUUCCAGUUCUUCACGUCUUUUGGCACGUUGAUCGGCACCAUCAUCGACUGGGCCACCGCCGGCCGGCCGGACAAGUCUGCCUAUCUCAUCCCGCUCGGCAUGAUCUACAUCGUUCCCGUCAUCAUGACCGUCGCCCUGUUCUUUAUCCCCGAAUCGCCGCGCUGGCUCAUUCUCAUGGGUCGCUACGACAAGGGCGUCGAGUCCCUCCGCUGGCUGCGGCCAGUCGGUGCCGAUGUCAACUUCGAGGCAUCCGAGAUUAGGGCAGCCAUUGACAAGGAACGCGAGCUCAGCAGCGGCGUCAGCGUGCUCGACAUGUUCACCAACCCCAUCGACAGGCGGCGCACCAUUCUCUCCGUGUGCGCCGUCACGCUGCAGGCUGCGUCGGGGUCCAUGUUCAUCAUUGCAUACAAAGCCUACUUUCUCGGCAUGUCCAAGGUGGCCAACCCGUUCGGCAUGAGCAACGUGCUCAGCGCCAUGGGCAUCCUGGCCAUCUUCUUCAAUUCGCUCAUCGUGGUCCGCUACGGCCGCCGCCGCGUCAUCAUGAUGGUCGGCCUCGCCCUGUGCGGCGUUUUCCAGCUCAUCAUCGCCGUCGUCUACGACAGGCUGGGCGGCACCACGGCGACGGGCCAGGUCCUCGUGGGCUUCACGUGCGUCUACAUGAUGAGCUACAACGGCAUGAUCGCGACCUAUGCCUGGCUCGCCGGCGGCGAGAUCCCCACGCAGCGGUUGAGAAGCUACACCUUUGGCCUCGCCGCCGCUUGUGGCUUCUUCUUUGCCUGGCUGACCACCUUCACCGCGCCCUACUUCAUCAACCCGGCCUCGCUCAACUGGGGGCCCCGGUACGGCUUCAUCUGGUUCCCGUCGUGCGUUGUCGCGGCCCUCUGGGUGUUCUUCUACUUGCCUGAGACGAAGGGGCGUACGCUUGAGGAGAUUGAUGAGAUGUUUGAGGCUAGGCUGCCGGCGAGGAAGUUUAGGAAGCAUGUCUGUGUUGGGCAUGUUACGCAGCAGGCGGCGGAGAAGAAGGAGGUGUCGGAGGAGGAGGUCGAAAAGGUAUGUUGA